UAGUAGGUUAAGACAAAGCAAGCCGUGAGUGGUGAUUUAUGACGUCAGUCAACUUAAGUUUUUAGUAGCAAAACAAAAAUGGCGAAGAUAUGUGUGGUGUGUGGUAGUUUGUGCGCGUAUUUUAUCUUAUUUCUAUCAACUGUGGCACUUUGUUCAGAAAAUGCUUACUACUACGAGACGGAUUUUCAAGAUGACAAAACUGAGUACGUCUUAUCAAAGCAGUUAUUAGAAGAAGUUUCGCAUCGGUUUAGGAGAGACGCCCAGAUUGAAAACAACCAAAGCAAUGCAAGGAGCCAGAACACGACGCAACCUGUCAGGCCUAAUGACACCAAUGUGGCCCAAAGUCAGUCAGGGAGCAGCAGCAACGAUACAAGCAGUAAUAAAACACAAACCGACAACAAAAUUUCUACAGCGAAAACGAAAUUGGGAAAGACUACUAAAGUUGCAACGAGCGUAAACACAACGAAAAUCCAGGACAGUCUGCAGAAAAAUCUGGGUGAAAAUGGCACCGGGAUCCGGAAAAACGUCACGACUGAUAAACCCAAAAUUCUCUCCAACCAAACGGUCGAUAAAUCGGUUUUACAAAAUAUAACAUUGCCGAAAAAUGAAACCGACGAUGAGCUGGCCAUUGAUAGUUUUCCUCCCGAUGCCAAUGAACUGAACAAGACUUUGGAGGAACACCACAUCACUAAUUCGACUGAAGACACCCACUUGUAUUACAACAGUUCUCUGGUGACUGAUCCCGAAUUGGGUCGUUCCCUUUGGGUCGACUUGGAAAAUUCGUCGGACACUAAAGUGAAUGAAUUGCUGUCGCGAUCGCACCGACGAGCCGCUACGGUUCAAUUAUCCUUUGAGUUUCCAUUUUACGGUCAUUUAAUUAAAAAUGUAACAAUCGCAACGGGCGGCUUUUUAUACACUGGUGAUUACGUCCAUUCCUGGCUUGCAGCCACGCAAUACAUCGCCCCCUUGAUGGCGAAUUUUGACACAAGCAUUUCGAAUGAUAGUUUUAUUAAGUACGUAGAUAACGGGACUGCAUUUACAGUCGAGUGGGAAAAAGUCGUCUUGCAAGAUAAAGCAAAUGAAGGAGAGUUUACUUUUCAAACAACGUUGCACAAGAACGGAGAUAUUGUUUUUGUUUACAAAAAUGUGCCUUUAAUUAUUAAAAACAUCACUGAUAAUCAUCAUCCCGUUAAAGUGGGGCUUUCAGAUGCCUAUAUUAUCGAUCGGACGAUAUUUUUGGUCCGCCGGAAGACAAUUUAUGAGUACCACCGAAUUAAUUUCGUUAAAGGAGAUAUCAGGAAUUGGACUGUUAUCUAUUUGACGGCUUUACCCACUUGUUUGCAGAAUGAAGACUGCCUGUCAUGUGUGACAAAGGACAUUGCUACAUUCCAGUGUUUCUGGUGCCCGAUCAUCAAACGGUGCUCAAAUGGAGUGGACCGAAACCGUCAAGACUGGCUGGCAAAUCACUGUCAGACUAAGAAAUACAACGAAUCGAUUUGUUCUCACAUAAGCGGGGCCGAUAUUUUCGACGCUAGUAACAUCACGUAUGUUCAUGAUGCUAACGAGUUUCAAAGACAAUUAGAAGAGUAUAACAAUGCUAGCGUGAUGGCGUCCACUCAACCUGUCAGGAUGGGGGUUUCCAGUAUUGUGGCAAUUUUAUUUUUAAUUGCGAUGGUUUCGGGCCUAGCCGUUUGGAUACUUUAUGCCUAUAGGAAUCCGCACACGACCAGCGGCCAAAUCCUCAUAAGAUAUCGACCAAGUCAGUGGAGAUGGCGAAGAGGUGAGGCCAGAUAUACAGCAGCGACAAUACACAUGUGACACUUUAAGUAUUAUAUCACUUUUGGCGGAUUUUAGCCUUCCAUCUUAAAUUUAUGUAGGUUAACCACUUUGCAUUCAUUCAGAGAAUUCGAUGCAAUAUAAAUAGGACUGAAGGAGUUUAUAUCGCUGUAAUAUCUUUAUUUUACCAUUAAUGAUGCUUUUCUGUGAUAAAAUUAAGGAACGUCCAAAAUUAUUAUGAAAUGAGAAAAUGCCUUCUAAAGUGCCUAAGUAUUAAAUAAGGUGUGUUGUAAAACUGUUUCUGAUAUUCUGUUUUACUUGUAUUAUUUCUGUAAAUACGUAUAUAAGGUGACGAUAGGAUUAAUAGCCUAUUCAAAUUUUCAACUAGCAGGACGGACAUACAAAUUUGAAACAACUUCAUAUCAUAAUGUAGAUUGGUAGUGAUCUGUUAUUUUUCAAAUUUGCUUGUUAAAGACAUGUAAUUAAGUCCUUUAAUAAAUUUUAUACCUACAGUAA